AUUAUGCUGCUUGAAGUAUUCCUGGUUCUGGGGACAAUCGUCAUCUACUUCUUAUUUUCCAAGAAGAAAGAAGAGACGUUACCCUUCGAAGAGGGAUGGUGGGGCAAGGGACAAAAGCCCGAUGCUGAAGAAGAUACAACUAUUUGGCCAUUUAAGGUGGAAACUACAGAAGAAGAGCUGAGCGACUUAUUCAGGAGACUUGACCAGGCUCGAUUCACUGAGCCACUGGAGAGCAGUUGCUUCAAUUAUGGGACUAACACCGUGUAUCUCAGGAAGGUUGUCUCCUACUGGAAAAACCAGUUCAACUGGAAGAAACAAGUUGAAAUCCUCAACAAGUACCCACAAUUCAAAACUAAGAUUCAAGGCAUUGAUAUCCAUUUUGUUCACGUAAAGCCUCCUUGUUUGCCUGAAGGCCAGUCUGCAAAGCCAUUAUUAAUGGUCCAUGGUUGGCCUGGCUCCUUUUACGAGUUUUACAAAAUUAUCCCUCUCCUGACGGAUCCUGCAAGCCAUGGCCUCAGUGCUGAACACAUUUUUGAAGUCAUUUGCCCAUCUAUCCCUGGUUAUGGUUUCUCAGAAGCACCCCACAAAAAAGACUUUAAUUCUGUAAGUGCCGCUUCUAUUUUUUAUGAAUUGAUGCUCAGACUGGGAUUCAACGAGUUCUACGCACAAGGUGGUGACUGGGGCUGGCUCAUCUGCACCAAUCUGGCCCAGAUAGCUCCCAGCCAUGUGAAAGGCCUCCAUUUAAAUCUAGCCUCAGUUACGAACAUGGGAUUCAUUCACCUGCUCUCCAUCCUGCUGGGCCGCCACCUUCCACGGCUCUUCGGUUUCCAGGAUGAAGAUGUUAGACGGAUGUUUCCCUUCUUGGAAAAAGGGCUCUACAGGAUCUUGUUGGAGUCUGGCUAUGCGCACAUACAGGCUACAAAGCCUGAUACUGUUGGCUGUGGUUUGAAUGACUCUCCUGUAGGACUGGCCGCGUACAUCUUGGAGAAGUUCUCUACGUGGACUGAUCUGGAAUUCCGUAAUUUAGAGGAUGGAGGACUAGAGAGGAAGUUUAACCUGGAUGAUCUGCUCACCAAUAUCAUGAUCUACUGGGUGUCAGGCUGUAUAGUCUCCUCAAUGCGUUUCUACAAAGAAAAUGUGCAGAAGGGGAUAGGCACACAGAAACAUGAAAGGCUCACCGUACAAGUACCUACUGGCAUUGCCUCCUUCCCCAAUGAAAUCAUGCACACACCCCAGGCUUGGGCCCAGAAGAAAUACACCAACAUAGUUUCCUUCCAUUUCAUGCCUCGAGGUGGCCACUUUGCAGCUUUGGAAGAACCUGAACUUCUUGCUGAAGAUAUUCUGCAAUUUGUUGGGAAAGUAGAAAAAGAGCAACUUUGGAGAAAGAAAAGAGAAUAACUCCCCUGACAAACAGCAGGGAAAUUGCUUAUAGCUUAGCACAUAUACAGGCCUUACUAAGUCUACUGUAAUCCAUGUAAUUAGAUCUUAUUCUUGACCAGAUGCAAGAGAGGACAGCAAGAAA